AUGACGCGGUCUGGCCUCCCUCGGUAAGUCACCGCGCACACCCCCUCCCCUCCCCUCCCAACCCGAUCGCGGCAACUGACUGCACCCCCUCCCCCCCCCCCUCUCAGCUCUGCACGAGGAAUCGGCUUCCUCCUCGUGCUCUGCCUCUUCGACGCCGUCCUCGCCACCUCGCCCCUCCCUCCAGCCUCCCUGUAUGGGUCCCUCCUCAGCAACCUUUCCAGACCGUACGAACACGAUGCGUUCGUGCAACUCGCCGCGCCUUACCUGGUCCGUCCCACACCCCACACGCCACACCCCACACGCUCUCAGGCUCAGCACGACCUGCGGGGUUGGGUUGUUUUUGUUGACCUCCCGAUCCUGACCAUCUCUUACGCUUCCAUCGUUCCCAGCCCGAAUUGAACAGUCCGAUCACUCGCAACGGUUCGUUCUCCUUCACCGACCUCAAAGUGGCCGAAUACGUCCUCUCCGUUCAUUCGAGAUUGGCCGAAUUCCAAGUGAGCAAGCUGUUCCCCCCUUUCCCUCCCCGACUUGAACUAAACCGCGCGUAUUGUUCAGUUCUACGCCGUGAACGUCACCCCUUCCCACCAAGUCGACGUCCGACUCUACCUCCCCGGACAAGGCCCCACCCGCACCAAACCGUUUGCCCAACCCUUGCUGCUCCCCGCCGUGCACCUCAAAUCCUACACGACCCUCCCCACCCCCUUCUCCCCCCUCCGACUGCUCCGAUCGAACCCUUCGCUGCUCCUGGGUGGUUUGGCGCUGGUCGCCUUGGCGCUCUUGCCCAAGUUGUUGGCGCGCUUGGAUCCGGAAACGGCCAGGGAGGUCAAUCAAUCUCAAGCUGAUUUGCACGCCAAAUUGGCCGCAUUCGCUAAUUUGGGGGGUGGUCGGGGGGGGGGGGGGGGGGGUCCGAAUGGUUCGGAUGAGUUGACAAAGAGUUUGUCAAAGAGGUUGGCGAAGACGAAGACGAGUUUGGAGGAGCAGGACGGGGUGCAGGUCGAAGGAAUACAGGACAUGUUAUCGACGUCGUUGACGAGUGGGGCGAAGCAGAAUCAGGAGGGCAUGCAGACGGGCAAGGGGAAGGGAGGGAAGAAGAGAAAGUGA